CCUCCAGGAUCACACGGGAUCAAGUGGAGCUGCGUCUGCACCAGCAGACGAAGCAGCGGACCCAGAGCGUCAUGUGGGCCUGGAUGAAUCGCAACGCCUGCGUCUCCGACCUGCUCUGGAUCCUUGAGGACUUGCAACUUUACCUGGCCCGUGAUGUCAUUGCCUCGUGGCACCCUCCAGCGCCCUGCCCAAACCCCAGCGCACCACCCUCUCGCCUUCCGCCUGUCUUCCGCGAUCCCCCACGUGCCCCGGAUCCCGGUGGGGGUGGCAGCAGGGUGAAGACUUCUCUGUGGGACCCCCAGAAGGGAGCCUCCGCGCCUGCUGCAG